AUGCAAAACGUUGCCGAAUCCCUAACUGCCGUUUUGGGCUCCGCCGGAAGUUACUGGCUGAGUCCAAAAUCUCAAAACAACGAUUUGUUGACUCUGCAACUUCGUCCUAACACAGCCUCUCCCACCUCUAAGUUCUUCUUGCCAUCUCCUCGUUUCUCUCCCGUUCCGCCGGCGAAUGCCGAGGCUGGAUGGGAGGGACGUGCACUUACUGGCGACUCCCUCAAGCCCACAUAUCCGGAUGACGCCGGAGUUGGAGGAAGUGGCGCCACUGUUGGAGAUGGAGUGAGUAUGUUGGGAGAAGAGCACAACGCCUCCCUCCAUCAUAUCCUGGACCCUGCUUCCAUUAUAUCGCCUACCCCCAGUGGAUUGCCAGUGGCGCGUGAGGUAUUGUGUGCUCCCGCCACUCCUGCAUCUACUCCCACCUUGGGACCUGACCCUCUCUUCUCUCCCCAAUCCGCAGCCUCUUUUGAUGGUGCCGGCAGUGACCAUGAGCCAUCUGCUCAGGUCCUGACGGCAAUCAACGUCUUGCAGUCGCCGUUCCUUCAGGUCCCAAGUCCAUUUAGUGUUCUUCCAGCGCCGUCUCUGUCUGCCCAGGCCUUGCUGACAAAUGAUGUUCUUCCAACGCCGUCUCCCUCUCCACAGGUUCUGAGGGCCAACCAUGUUCUCCCAACGCCGUCUCCACCUGCUCAGGUUCUGACAGCCAAUAGCGUCUCUCUAACCUCGCCGUCUGCUCAAGGCCUGAUGGGCAACAAUGUUUUUGCAACCUCGCCGUCUCCUCAGCUCUUAGCGGCUACUAAUGUCUUAGCCGGCUCUCCAAUCAUCUACUCUACUCCUACCACACAUGAUAGCGCCUCUCACUCUAUUCCUUGCCCCAACCCUGUUGCUAUAUCUUCUCUACCUACUCCUUUACCCAGUGCUGAAGACUGGCGCUCUAUUUCUCCUUCACCCUCUAUGCCACUAGACACAGUCCUCCCCCAGCCUUAUGUUGAGUCUUUUGUGCGUUCGUCAGCUGGUUCACCCAGUGAUGAGCUGUGGGUUGACGCUCGUCGAGUUAUUCAUGUCACAUCCGUUUCUAACGGGCCGUAUUACCUUCCGUCAAUCGAACGAGUCCGUUUUCUUGAGUCCCCUACUACUGUGCCUUCCUGCAAGAGUCCUGAGUCUACUGUGCAUGACCCUGAUAGUCCGCCGCCCCCAUAUGCUCCUAGUCAUGUGGACGAGUUCGUCCGCAUGACAACUGUCCUGCCGGUGCUAGAUGGUCAUCAGUACCUCCUGGACUACUUUGCUUCUGACCUACCUGCCAUAUGUGACGAGCAUCCUCGCGUGCUCGACGACGUCGCCGAUGAAUAUGUGUCUUACUUUAAACGUUCCGUCGAGAAUGUCACUGAGCCCUUCCCAUCUCCUGGACCUAGGUCCGAGCGCGAUUGGGAUGAUCGUGCUCGGGACCUUCUCGACCAUCGAGCUCAUAGCCGCGCGCUGAUUGCUAAGCUCGAGGACAGUCUUUCGCCUCGCAUGUUGCACGAGGGACUUCGACGUCCGAGCGUUCUCGCAUGUGACCCCAACCAGCGCAUUGUAGCCGAAUUCCACGGGGAGCAUGUCCUUGCAUCCUCGAUCAAAGCGGCCCUGCUCCUGCCUUAUCCUGACCCCAACAUUGUACACUCGCUUGUCGAAGAGCAUGUGCUCGACGAGCAAGACGAGUUCAAAGUUAUCAAAUAUGCUCGAGCGCGGGACCGUGCGCUCGAAAUUCGACGACUUCGUAUUUGCGCGUGUUUCGACGAUGACUCCGAUAGCAACGACGACGAACAGGGACCCUCGGAGUCCCAUAUCUUCUUCUUACCUUAA